AUGCCUGUGGUGAGUGGCGAUCAGAUGAUCAUGCUUUAUUUCAGUGCUCAGCUGGCGCGGGCCCAUUUCGAGAAACAACCGCCGAGCAAUUUGCGCAAAAGUAAUUUUUUCCACUUCGUCGUCGCGCUGUACGACCGGGCCGGUCAGCCUGUCGAGAUCGAACGCACCCAGUUCAUAGACUUCGUCGAAAAGGACAAGGAGCCCGAAAACGUCAAGACCAACAACGGCAUCCAUUACAAGCUGUGGCUGCUCUACGCCAACGGCAUUCGCCAGGAACAGGACGUUUACGUACGCCUCAUCGACAGCGUCACAAAGCAGGUAGGUGCCUGUUCCGUUGUUUGCAUCAGAUUUUUUGUAUUGUGCCUUUUCGGCUUGUCGUACUCUUCAUUCCGCCGCAUGUCACGUGUCAUCGUUAUUUCACCUCCUCCCUUGAGCAGCGUAUCUGUGAAAUACGGUCAUUGUUUUCACGUUCGUCCCGCUGUUGCGCUUGAUUUAUCAGCUUCCGAUCGAGCACUACCAUUAACGGCGGUGGCCAGGUGCUCCGUCGCACGUGUCGAAGCACGGCGGCGUGGCUUUCAUUCAUUCGGACCACUGCCAGUCACCGUUGACCCCUAA